GGUGUUGAUAAAGCCAUGUAUUCCUUGUUUAUUUUCUAUCCUUAUAAAUACCAGCCAGCCACUGUGCAUGCACACUCAUAAUUUAAUCAUCCUUGAACCAACAUGACAACCUCCACAAGAGAUUCCCAUGAGAUCAUCAUACAGCCUGAACUCAAUCGAUGUGAGAAAAACAUUGGAGAGAGCAUGACGACAUCAUAUGCUGAGGAAGGAGAGAGAACGAUGACAGAGGAGAACAAGGAAGAGCCAUGGAAGGCAUUCAUUGAAGAGGAAACGAAGAAAUUAAACCUUAAGUAUUAUCAAGAGCAAACGGUAACAAUGUCAAUUUUUCAAUUGCCCGCAUAUGCCACGUCAAUAACACCUAGAUCUGUUUCUUUUGGCCCUUUCCACCAUGGUGAACAAAACUUGAAGUUUGCCGAAUAUUGGAAACAAAUGGCAGUCCUAAAAUUUAUUUCAAGGACUAAUCAGUCCCUUGAACAUCUUAUAGGAGAGAUGAGAAAAGCCAUGGACGAAUUACAAGCAAAUUAUGCACUUUUAGAAGACAAGUGGAGAAACGAUAUAGAAUUUGUGAAACUUAUGAUUUGGGAUGGAUGUUUCAUGUUAGAGCUUCUACGAAACGAUCCUAGUACAUCUUUCAUCUAUAAUCCUCACUUUGGUGCCCAUGGAGGUCAGGGCAGACUUCCUCCUAGGGUGUGGGACGUGCUUUUGCUGGACAACCAAUUGCCUCUUUUGGUUAUCAAGGUGUUAUUACAAAUAGAGGCUGAGAGCACCGAAAAACCACCGCUGGCAGACAAAGAGAUCAAUAAUCUAGUGUUCAAGUUAUUAGGAAUGAAGGACAUGCAUGACGCCACCCCUACCCUAGGUUUACACAUUCUUGACUUAUGUAGAAAAGGCAUGAUCGGACCACUUAUUGGUAAUAACACAGCAUCAUCUUCACCAGAAAGCAGUCAAAUAAUGUUCUCCGCAGUGAAGCUGCACGAGUCCGGAGUGAGAUUUGAGAAAUCGCCAACCAACAGGAUAAGAGACAUAAGCUUUGACAAAGACAAAGGCAUUCUCAUGCUCCCAUCCCUCAACAUCGAUGAAGCCACAGAGCCCACCUUCCUCAGCCUCAUGCUCUUCGAGCUACUCCACUUAAUGCCGCAAGGGGAUCUGCUAAGGCAACUCCAAGAACUAGCCGAUACAUUUCCUCAUAAAUUUGAGAAACUCUCCCAACUCUUUGAGCAAGUCACAAGGCAACGUGACAAGCAAUUCCAAAGCAAACUGAACAUCCCCGAUGAAAUCCUAAGUCAAGUCCAAAGCAAACUGAACAUCCCCGAUCUAAUCCAAAGGCAAUUACAGAGCGGCUUCCCCGAAAUUCAAAAGGAAAUAAUGCCCUAUAUGUUAAUUGGGCGAAUGCCCACUCAGCUAGAAAUCGACAUAGGAGUCUGCGAGGAAUUUUACGAUUUAUUCUACGAUAAAGUGUACAAGGAAGUCCACAGUCAAAUCAAUCAACUCCAAGAAAAAAUAAACAAGGACGUUUUUGACCAAGCCUUUGCGCAAGCAUUCCAACAAGCAUUCCAGACAAUCCCACAUCUCGGUAAACAAAUUUUGGAUGAAGAAUUUCCUAAGCAAGUCGCCAAGUUAUCCGAAAAGCAAGCUCAGGGCUUUGACCAAGAAGUCGUGUCAUAUAUUUUCUUCAUGAGGGAUUUAAUUGAUUCGGACAGGGACGUGCAUUUUCUCAAAUCCAAGAAAAUCAUAUUUGUGGACAAGGAAAGUGAACAAGCUGUUGCCCAACUUCUGAAGAGCCUCACUGAAAGAUUCUCACAUAUUUCGACGAGUGAAAUUGCUGUGAUUCGGAGAAAUGUGAAUGAAUACAGUAAAAGGAACGUGACUAGAUUGUUUUUUCGGUUAAACAAAGUGAGUACAUCACUGAAAAGGAGAGUGAAAAGAUGGUUGGAAAUCCUCAUGAAUCUCUAUUUCGACAACCCUUGGUCUGCUAUGGGCGUCAUUGGUGGUGUGAUUCUCCUGGUGCUCACCUGUCUCCAGACUUAUUUCUCAUUUCUCAGCUAUCAACAUCCUAAGGACAAAGUCUGAGCUGCAUUAAUUGCUAUUUGUUAUUGUGCAAACUGUACCAGCCAACUAUUCUCUUAUGCUUGUUAAGAUUUGUGUGUGAUGAUUUAAUUUGAGCUCAUGUGUGUGCAAUUUAAGAGUGUUCAAAGCAGUAAUAAUGUAAUAAGUCAAAUGUUUUUCGCUUCAGUACU